CCUCGCUGACGAUUGAGCAAAAUGAUAGCCACAGUUACUCCAUUGACUGAAGAAUUAUAUUUUUAAGAGGUUCAAAAGAUCGUGAUAACCAGUCAUGGAUGAUAGGGGCCCUCAUGAGGGGGCCCCUGUAGGACCCCUGGAGAUUCCCCUGCUCGACAAAACCCGCGAUCUCCCCGAGAUAUGGACGACAAAUCCCACGACUUCCAUCGACCAACGAAAAAACCCCAAUCGCUUGCUCUUCCUCACUGUCGAGUUCGCCGAGGACCAAUCCAAGGACUUCUCCAGGAUGUUUCCAUACGAGCAGGUCUCAUUCUCCCCAAGAGCCACAUCGCCACUCUCUGAUUUUGAGCAUCGAGUCAGUCCACUGGACCCCAACAUGAGCUCAACAGCUAGAUACUCACCCACACCUGUCCAACUGCCUUCACUACCCUUUCAAAAUUCAGUGGUUGUGCUGCAGAGUCCACCUUCUCCACUGAUGAUACCUGCUGAGAGCAAUCAACGGGCUAAUAUCAAUUUUAUCGAGGCUCAGGGUAACACUGCGAACAUCGAGGAGGGGGAGGCUGACAGUGUCCCGGAUUUUGUCGGUGGGGGAAGUCAACAGGGAAUCGCUGCUGAUGUCAAUGGAGAAUUAAUUCUGAUGCAAGGAACAAGUGCCGAGCUGGAGAAUUCGCCAGCCCCUCUCCUCCUCUCGGGCCUCCCGGGCACGGAAUUCGCGUUAACCCGCGACUUCCUAGUGAUGAACGACGACCAAUUAACCGUAAUGAACUCCCUCCGCCCCCAGCCCACCGACGACCCCGCGGUCGUCCCGGAGCUCCCGGCCCUCCCCGUCCCCGAAAAGGACCUCCUCCCCCCCUCGAUAAUCUACCCUCCCCUCCUCCCCAAGAACCCGCUCUCGGCGCCGCUAGGAGAUCUCCCCCUGACCCCCGAAAACCGAAGUACAAACUCCAAAAGACAAAUAACUGAUAAAAAAACCUACUGGUGCGAUGACUGCGACACAAUUUCCUUAAAGGACGGUGAGUGCACCUGUCACGAUGUGCGAACGAUCGCUGACCAGCCGGUGCCCUCUCGCGCAGUGGCCACCCUGCCGGGUUCCUACCUCUCCCUCGCGAAAUUAAGCGACUCCCCGAAAGAAACUUACGGAGUUUUCGCGAAAAGAAACAUCUGCCGACGAACGCAAUUCGGUCCGAUCGAGGGUGUGCCCUGCGAAUAUGACGGCAAGGGUUUCAGCCCAGACGCCCUCCCCCUCCUGUACGAAACCGAGGGCGGAGAGCUGAUAAAAAUCGACGUAUCAAACGAGCACUCCUCCAACUGGAUGCGUUUCGUGCGCCCCGCGCAGACCCACAAAGAGCAAAACCUGAUAAUUUCCCAGCAGAAGGACGGGAUAAUCUUCCUAACUACGCGCAACAUAUCCCCCCGAGAGGAGCUGCGAGCAGGUCCCAGUCCCGACUACGCAGCUAGACGAAAUCUCCCUCUCCUGGAGGACCCGAAGACCCAGCAGUUCAAGUCAGGAGACCUCGAGAGCUUCUCCUGCCUGGACUCGGCCUUCGAUAAUUCACCACUCGAUCACUCUAUCCAUUCCGACCUCCUGGAUCCAAUCCUCAAGCCCACCGCAGACCCCCAAGACCAAGAGCAGGGCAAACGACCAAGAAUAGGCAAGACCAAGCACCUGAAGACGAUGGACGAGCAGUCCCUCCCAUACAGCUGUCCUCAAUGCCCAAAAGCCUUUCCUCGAAACGAUUCCUUGAAGAAACACUUGCUGUCGCACUCGGGCUUGGAGAGCACGGCCUACGAGUGUCCGACCUGCGGCGAGAACUUUCUCCACUCGUACAACCGCAGCCGACACAUCAAAAUAUUCCACAGUGACGACACAAAGGAAAAGGAAAACUCCCGAAAGAAUUCCUCAGAAUACAAAUGCCCAAAGUGCAGUAUAAUCUUCAUGAAGGCAUCUCUUCUCGAUCUCCACAGUGAGCUGCACAAUCAAAAUAACAACGAAUCAGGAGACUCGAAGACCCACCGCUGUCCUCAAUGCAAACAUGACUCCAAGACCCACUCAGAACUGAUAAAACACGUGUCAAAGCACGGCCACAAACCCCAGCAUAAGAAGCAGAAGCAGCAGUUGACGAAAACAUCGAAAGUCUUGUCAUCCCACAAAUGUACGAUGUGUUACAAGCGUUUUGCCACUAAAGUGCGCCUCCAACAGCACUACCUGGUGCACGGCGCCGAGGACCAAAAGCCACUGCCAUGCAACGUAUGCUUCAAGCGAUUUAUGAACAACUCAGCAUUGUCCUGUCACCUGAAGACCCACCGCGAGGACAAGCAGACAUUCGAGUGUCCCAUGUGUCGUAAACUAUUCGAUCAGGUUCUCCAACUAAAGGAUCACAUAGAGACGCACAGGAACGAGGACAAGACGUUCAGCUGUCCUCACUGUCCUCGAAUGUUCACCAAAUACUCGGUAAUAAGAAAGCACAUAAGGGCGCAUCACUGCGAACGCAAGCACAAGUGUCAAUUCUGCGUCAAGCGUUUUCCAACAAUCGAUAAACUGCGAAUGCAUCUGCUGAGGCACUCCGAUCACAGACAGUUUCAUUGCGCUAAUUGUGAGAAGCAGUUCAAGAGGAAGGACAAGCUCAAAGAGCACAUGACGAGAAUGCACAAUUCAGAGAGAAUGGAGAGCUCUAAAGUGUCGAAUAUGGCCACUGAUAACGAUAAUUCAGGGCUUCAACAGGGUAAUCAAGCUAAGAAAUUCAUACCAAAGGUCAAUCCCACGGAUUACAACAGAUUUGUGUACAAGUGUCACCAGUGUCUGGUGGGCUUCAAGCGCAGGGGAAUGCUUGUUAAUCAUCUUGCUAAGCGUCAUCCGGAGGUGUCACCGGAAUCGAUACCCGAGUUGAAUUUGCCGAUUUUCAGACAGACGAGGGAUUACUACUGUCAGUAUUGCGAUAAGGUUUACAAGAGCAGCUCCAAGAGGAAGGCGCACAUCGUGAAGAAUCAUCCGGGCGCUGCUCUGCCCCCCAGCAACAGGCAGAAGGAGAUGCUGGGGGACUUGACGUACAGUCAAGCUGCAGGAAGUGUGACAACCACUCCGCAGGGCUGUCAGUGGUGUCACAAGCAGUACGCUAGCAAGGCGAAAUUGCUGCAGCACCAGAGGAAGAAGCACUCUACCCUCAUGGAGCCUGCUGACCAGGUACCGAGACCCAGGAAUCGACCGCAGGCGCAGAGUCAAGUGCAACAGGAUCUCAUCGACAAUAACUUUGUUAAUAAUAACUUCGAGUUCAUUGAAAUAGCUCCGGUGUGUGAUAUCGGUGAGUUCAGAUUUAAACCGAGGAUUAUUAAACUCAGUAAUGAUGUUGAUUUGAUUGAUAUUGAGGGGGGCAUUGAUCCAUUGGUAGAUCAACAAUUUGUGCGUAUGCGCGACAUACGUUGAAGAUAUUUUGGGGAGCACUUCGACGACUGUUGGAGUGCUUAUUGUUGUUCAAUUUCAUUGACGAGAUAUGAAUCUCGUUGUUUUGGGGGAUUAAGCGUUUGUUGCUGAUUGUGAUGAAUGGGCAACGGCUGACGCUGAUGUUGUGGUGAGGAGUUUG